GUAUGCCGUGAAUGGUUGGUGUAUGAAGAUGGUGCCCUAGCUUAUCGUCUGCAAGAUAAAGAAAUUAAAGAACAUUAUUCUGGUAAUAAAAUUCGCAACGCUCAAGUUCGAGAAGAUUUACCACGAGCUAAGGUCGAACAGCAACUUGAAGAAUUCAAAUACCAAUCCCGUGUUCAACAGCAAGAGGAGAAUGAUGCUCUUGUCGCCCGUCAGGUUGCAUUGAGGUUGGAAAAAGAAGAAAAAAUUCAAGAGCGGAAACUCAAAGAGAGAAUGGAAUAUCAAUCAAAACAUGAUCAUCAAAAAAUACAGAUAAAAAUUGAACUAGAAAUGCAAAGACGUUUGCAAGAGGAAAAAGAUGAGGUAAUUUUUAAAUAUAUUAAUAAAAUAUCUCUGAUUUGAACUAACUAUAUGAUGUCAGUGA